CAAAAUGCCAAACACUAAAAGAGCAGCAUCAAAAAACAAGGCAUUUGCUCAACAGAGAAAGGAUAUUAAAAAACAUCAAUCCGAAAAGCCAGUUCUUGAGGAUGCUAUAAUAGACGCCGAGAGUUUCCAAUCAGAAACUGAUAAAUUCCAAUCUAAAAAACUUGCGCAAAUAAGACAAAAAACAGGUUUAUUAGAAAAGGACAAGGAUAGAGAUAUUAUUCAACCACUUAUACAAACAAAUGAUCAAGAUGAUGACGAUGAUAAUGAUGGAUAUGCUGAUGAAACAUCAAUUGAUAGAAAAUUAGUAAAACAAACAGUUGCAAAAGUUACUAAAAAACAAAAAGAUGAAAGUGAUGAUGAAUCUGAAGAUGAUGAAACUCAACUAACAACAACAGUCUCUUCUGAUGAGGAUGAUGAAGAAGAAUAUAAAGGAGCAUAUAGUGAUGAAGAUGAAUCCGAUGAAGAUAUUAGCAAAUUAAGAAAGAAGGCUUUGGCUGGUUCAUCACAAACAACAAGAUGGAAGAGAAAUGAAUUCUAUGAAGGACAAACUAAUAUUUCUCAAAAGACACAUACAAAUAGAGAAAGAAAACAAUUUGAUGAAGAAGAAGAGGAAGUUAAAAGAAUGCAAGAAGAAAGAGCAAAGAGAUUAUCUACAAGUGAUUAUUUGGAUGAUUUCAUGUUAGAUAGUAAAACAACAACAAAAAAGAAGAUUCAAGAAAGUUCAAAGAAGGAACAAGUUUCAAUUGAAGAAAAACUUGCAAUUAUACAAAAAGAUGCUCCUGAAUUUAUGAAUUUACUUGUAGAUUUAAAGAACAAACUUGUUACAGUUAAGGAACAAUUACAUCCAAUUUUAUCUAAAGUUGAAAUGGGUAAUUUAGCAACAAGUGAAGGUUUAAGUUAUUUAGAAACCAAGUAUCAUUUAAUGUUGACUUAUUGUACAAAUAUUUUGUUUUAUGUCUUGUUGAAAUCAAGUGGAAAAUCUGUUAAAGAUCAUCCAGUUUUGGAAAAUUUGGUUGAACUCCGAUUACUUUUAGAAAAGAUUAAACCAAUAGAUGAAAGAAUGAAAUAUCAAGUUGAUAAACUUGUUAAAUUGGCAAAUAAUAUUCAAGAUUCAACAAUGACAUUUGAUUUCAAACCAAAUCCAGAUAGAUUAUUAAAGAAUGAUGAAGAAGGUGCUUCUUUUAAUUCAGAUGAAGAUGGUUCUGAUAUGGGUGAAAGUGAUGAAGAUCUUAUGGAAAUGAAGACUGGUUCCAGAAAAUUAAAGACAUCAUUUGAUUCUGACAGUGAUGAUAAUGUUGAUGAAGAUGAUGAACAAGAUACCUAUGUUGCUCCAAAGAUGAUGGCUGUUUCUUAUGACGAUUCUGCUUUGAAAAAGUCAGAAAAGACAAGAAAAAAGGCCAUGGAAAGAAUUGAAAAGGGUGGGCUCUUGAAAGAACUUAAGAAUGAAUUUGGUGAUGCUCCAGAAGAAUCAUACUCUAUUGGUACUGAAGGAAGAAGUAAACAUUUGGAAGCUAUUGAAAAGGCAGAACUUGAAUCUCGUCAAAGACUUAUGCUUACAAAGAAAGAUAAAAAGAAGAUUGCUGAGGAAUUGAAGAUUAAGGAUCCAUUGACAGAAAUGGAUUCAUUCCACGAAUUUACUGCUCUUCAAAGAUAUGCUAAAUCAAAGAAUGCCACAAACAGCAAAUUGGCUUUGGCUCAAUAUCUUGGAGAUGCUGAUGAAGCUAUGAAGGAAAUUACAAAGGGACCAAAGCGUGAUGCUAUGGAUGAUGAAGAAAAGGCCAUGUUAGAAAGUGGUGCUUUGACUUAUGAUUCUAAUUCUGAUUUUGAUGAAGAUGAAGAUGAUUACUAUGAAGAAGAGGAUGACUCAAAGAAGAGAAAACGUGGAGGUUCUGAUUUUUCAUCAAAGAAACAAAAGAGAGAUUUUGAAGAUGAAAACUUGGAAUAUGAAGGUAGAGAUGAAAGUGGUAAGAGAAGGGCUGAUCACACAAUUAUUAAGAAUAGAGGUUUAGCAGCACACAAGAAGGAAGAUCAAAGAAAUCCAAGACUCAGACUGAAAAACAAGUAUAAGGCAAAGACUGGAGGUUAUAGAUUCGGUAAAGUUAAAUCUCAAGCAGGUUAUAGUGGUGAAAGCAAAAUUUCAACUGGUGUUGUCAAAUCUAGGAAGAUUAAGUCAUAAAUUUACAUUUGUUUUAU